UCUUCUGGUGCUCUGAGUCUGAUAAACUUCCUGUCUUACUCCUCACGGGACCGGAAGUUUACUGUUUCCUUUAACGUCACAGUUUCUGAGCGAAGGCUAAUAGCACAACCCUCGCAAGAUGAAACAGCAAACUUGAUUACAACAAGAAUUAUAAAUACAUACAUGUUUAAUUAAGAAAAGUUCAACUUAUGCUUUGGAAUUGGCUGUUCCUGUUAUUGUUACCAAAGGAACUAAAGGGCAGAUGGAUAAAAGCACAUUUAAAAAGUUUAUUGCUCUGUCAUGUACUAUCACUAUUAUUUUCACACUGAUUUUGGCAUACACAAGCAAUUAUUCUCUUUCCCAAUAUAUGGCUCCAGUCUAUAAUGUACCAAAAAUCCCAGAGGCUUUAAAUUCAAUAAAGCCCAUCAAAGACUCGGAGCAUUUCAUGGUGUCUGCGUUUAUCGACCACAGACUGGACGGGGUCAUUCGAGUCAUUAGCAUAAUCAAGAGAAACAAUCUUCAGCCACUUUACUGUGUUUACUGCAUCACUGUACAUGACUGCAAAACUGUUCAGGCAGAUGUCCAGAUACACAGUGACCAUUUUGGCUUCCCAUUUCAUGUCUCAGAUGUGAUUUGUAAAGGCAAGCACAUGGAAAAUGCAAAACAAGUCCUCAUAUCAACUAAAGAUUCAGACAACAAUAAUACAGAGUAUCUGCCAAUAAAAAAUCAUGUCAGUACAAAUACUUUCAAGUUUGACUUCACCAUUUGCAUCUCCAGCCUUUUUGGCAAAUACAACAAUGUACUGCAGUUUGCUCAAACUAUGGAGAUGUACAAGCUUCUGGGUGUACAGCACGUGGUCAUCUAUAACACUAGUUGUGGACCAGACCUGGAAAAGCUCUUAAAACAUUAUGAAACAGAGGGGAUACUGGAGAUUGUUUCUUGGCCUAUCGACAAGUUUCUGAACCCAUCCCCGGGCUGGAACUUCCAGGAACACAAGGGCGAUCUCCAUUAUUACGGUCAGUUAGUAACACUCAACGAGUGCAUUUACAGACACAUGUAUCAAUCCAGGUACGUUCUCCUGAAUGAUAUUGAUGAGAUCAUCAUGCCAUACAAACACAGCAAUUUACCAUCUCUUAUGGAGGAUCUCCAGUCUGCUCAUCCUAGUGUAGGGGUGUUCCGCAUAGAGAACCAUAUAUUCCCCAAAACACAGUUUGAGGACAGUGGGAAGUUCAAACGAGCAGAGUGGAAUAAUAUUCCUGGUGUCAAUAUCAUGGAGCACAUUUACAGAGAACCUGAUCGAAAAAAUGUUUACAAUCCUGCAAAGAUGAUUGUCAACCCAAGGAUGGUGGAGCAAACAUCAGUGCAUUCCAUUUUAAAAGAGUUCGGAGGUUCUUACAAUGUACCGUUUGAUGUAUGUAGGAUUGUACAUGUGAGAGACCCACUGCAGGGGCAUCUUACCAAAGACCAACUGUUUGUAGACAAAAGAGUCUGGGACUUUGAGCAAGAACUGAUCCCAUAUGUGAACCAGACAUUGAUUUCUUCAGGUUUUUUAAAGCCUUGCAAUGUGAGAAAUUAAGCAAAUGUGAGAAAUUUGAAUUUUUGCUUAAAAAAAUUAUGCCAAUUGUGAAAUACAAUCUCAGCCAACUGAUGUAGACCAAGUUAAAGUUAAAAAGAUGAAGCUUUUUGUACUGUAGUGUACAGCUGAUGUGCUGAUUGUCUUUGGCCCUUUCAUUUUAUGACUUCAUUUGCACCCAGUUGUUCCAAUCAGAAAAUGUAUAUUUUC